CUCCCUAUCACGGAGGUAACCCUUCACGAUACGGCCGACGGACUUCAGCACAGUCUCUAUGGACCGAGAACCUCGCCGACGACGAAGACCGGCCCUGUCAUGCAUCGAAUGCCGGCGCCGCAAGAUCAAAUGUGACAGAAGCGGCCCAUGCGUAAACUGUGUCUCUACUCAAACGCAAUGUGCCUACAGUAUUCAAAGCAAUAAGCCCGGCAUCCAGCAGGGCGGCUCAUCGGGAUCAGUUUCAAGCCCGUCGGCAUACGUCCUAUCGCCUGUAGCUCAGGCUCAACGAACCAGGACAAACAGACCGACCAUAGAGCAUGGUGACCUCCCAACUGGGCCCCGGGCCACAACAUCAGCAGCACCGGCAAUAAGGCAGAACGACACCCCAAAUGCCUUCGGCCACAAUCAGGGCAUUCCAAACCGAUCCGAAGAUGCAGAACCCAAUCUCCAGGAUGUUUUGAAGCGGGUACAGAUGCUUGAGAAGUCUUCGGUCUCCAGUCCUAUCCACGGUCUGGCCGAGACUGGUCGAAACAUACUCACGCGCCAGUCCGGCCUGCAAGUCUCGCAAAUAAUCCUGAACAAGACGAGGAUCUUCACUUGGAGCCACUGGAUGGGCAUGGCUCAAGAGUUCGCACCCAUCAUUUCCUGCUAUGCUGAGGCUGGCGGCAACGCCCUAAUUGUCCGCAUUGGUGAUCUUCUCCAAAAAUGCAAAGAUCUGGCAAGGAUAAUCAAGGUAGGGCGACCUAGUAAAUGUCUCUCAUGUGCUGGCUUCGGCCUCGCACCCCCAUCCCGCGAAGUGGCAGACAGCAUGAGUGUCACGAUCGACUUGCGCCUUCAGAUCCUUCUUGUCAUUGGGAUAGGGUCCAGUCUGUCCAAGUAUGGAGAUGCGGAUGCUAGUUUUCGUGACAUGGUUCGUCGUUGGGUAUAUGCUGCUCAGGCGUGGCUUUCCGGACCGUUGAGAAAGGACAGACUGGAUAUCACCGGACUGCAAAUACACUGCCUGACGGUCCUCGCAGCUAUGCAAAUUGGCUUACACCGAGAUCCCAAACAUCUCCCAGCCAUGUCCGUGUUGCAAGCCGAACUCCGUAGGAGAUUAUGGGCCACUAUACUCGAAAUGAUCUUACAGUCGUCUCUGGACUCGGCAAUGCCUCCCAGAAUCUCCUCCGACGAGUUCGAUACUGAGGCACCUUCCAAUAUCAACGAUGAAAUGAUGGAUGAUUCGACCACGACACUCCUGCCUCAUCCCAAGGGCACCUACACCGCAACCUCGAUUCAGCUUAUUUUGCUCGAGUCACUACCAACGCGCCUCCGGAUUCUCCAUCUUCUAAACGGCUUGCACUCCGAACUUUCUUACCUAGAUGUCCUAGCACUGAGCUCAGAGAUCAUCGACGCGUAUCGGGCAUGUAGUAGUUUCAUGAAGGGGAACGAGAAGUUUGGUGUGACGCCUUUUCACCGCAAUAUGCUUCACUAUCUAGUACGUCGGUUCUUGAUUCCUCUGCACUGCCCAUUUGCUAGCAAAGCGCGGACGAACCCCUUGUUCUCCUACUCGCUCACCACCAGUUUGGAUGUUGCCAUGGCGAUCAUUUCACCCGAGCCAGACGAAGGCUUCUCCCACCUGAUGGCUGUCGAUGGAGGCCUAUUCAGAGAGGGAAUCAGAUUGGCAGCCACAAUCAUCAACCUCGAGCUUAUUGCCCAAGUCGAGGCGCAGCGCCUGGACGGGACGCUGCACCACAACUCCCAGUAUAGAGAGAUUCUCAAACAAGCCGUGAAAGACAUGAUUUCAUUGUCUUUAAGUCACAUGUUUCUGACCAUGAUUUUGGCACAAGCGGAGGCCAUAGAAGCAGGUACUUCGCACGAAUUUCAGAUUGCCCAGGGUGCAAUCAACAGCCUUGAGCUAUGCUAUGGCCUGCUACAAAUACGGGCUGAUGCCGCUAUCGAUACGGGCCUUACAUCAACAAGUCUUGGAACACGAAUGAAGGUCCUCAUCAACGGUGGGGGUAUCGCUGGCAAUGCCCUCGCCUUCUGGCUCUCGAAAUUAGGCCAGGACGUUACUGUUGUGGAGCGGUUCCCCAGCCUGCGGGCCACGGAACUGCAGGUAGAUCUACGCGGCCACGGGAUCGAAGUUAUGAGGCGUAUGGGUCUUGAACAGGCGUAUCGCUCUAAGUUGGCUCCAGAGCAGGGACUGCAAAUAGUCGAUAAGUCGGGCAGACGGCGGGCCUACUUCCCAGCGAACAAGUCUGGCAAAGGGCCGCAAAAUUUCACCACCGAGUUUGAGAUUAUGAGAGGGGAUCUCUGUCGCCUCAUAUACGACGCUACCAAGGAUCGCACAAAGUAUGUCUUUGGAACCUCGAUCGAGAGCUUCAAGGAGAAGGAGAGCUCCAUUGAGGUUCGGUUUACAGAUGGGAGCACGGACAGCUUUGAUCUUUUGGUUGGUGCCGACGGCCAGGGCUCUCGCACAGGCAAGAUGAUGCUGGGAUCUGAUACUGCGGACGGGUUCUAUCCGCUCGAUGGAGUCUGCGUAGCAUACUUCACCAUUCCGCGGCCGAUACAGGAAGGGGAGGGAUACCUCGCCACGCAAUACAUGGCCCCUGGAAGGCGGGGAGUAUAUCUCGGCGGCACGACCGAUUCGGAGCGACUCAGAAAUGCUCGCCGGGGAGAUGCCAAGGAGGAAGAGGAGGCUUUGACAGAGAUCUUUCAAGGCGCAGGGUGGCAGACAGAAGAGAUCAUUAAGUCUAUGAAGGAGGCUAACGACUUCUACUGUGAGCGCUUGGGUCUUGUCAAACUGGAGUCUUGGUACCACGGCCGCGUGGCACUCGUUGGGGACGCCGCUUAUUGCCCGUCGGCUAAUACGGGAAUGGGUACGACCUCUGCCAUUGUGGGUGCUUAUAUCUUAGCUGGGGAGAUCGGGAAAUACUGCGGGACCCACAGCAAAGAGGACGGCCUCGCAACCGCGCUCAAGGCUUACGAACGAAAGUUCCAGCCAUUCAUGAAACAAGUACAAAAGGGGGUUUUGGAAGACACAGGGCCGGAUAUGAUUCCAUCGACGGCAUUCGGUAUUGCCAUCAUGCACUGUCUCCUGGGAGUAGCCUCCUUCUUGCAGGUAAAUCUUGGGAAGUGGAUGCUCAAGGAGAAUGUAAAGGGAUGGGACCUUCCGGAAUAUGAGGAGAUGCGAGAUUAAGUCGUUAAUGCAAGAUAAAUAAGAGAUCUAUAAGCGUAUG